CCCUCCGCACUGCUACUCGAACGCGUAGGCUAUCACCCCCGAGGGAAAAUCGCCGCAGCAACUGCGAUACGCGUUCAUCCAGAAGGGUUCCACCAAGCGCUUCAGCGAUAUGAAGGCAGCCACCCAGCGCAUUCAAGGUAUCUGGCGUGGGACCCCCGCCGGCAAGGCAGGUGCACCAUUCAUACUCGAUGGGGACGAGGAGACAUUCAAGCACAUGUACCACGUCAUGGCACAGGAGCCGCGCGAGUACCGGCAAGUCCAUCGUUACCCCGGCGAUUGGCAUUUGCUGUUGCAUAUGGCCAAGGCGAUGCUUAGGCGGUACUGGGGUGCUGGAGUGGAGUUCGUGGCGAAAGAGUUGGGCACAGAUGGGUCGAAGUCGGGGGAGGGGAGUAACUAUCGUCGGGCGCACCACCACAUAACGGCGUUUGGGCGGCGUUUAUGGCUCUGUUUCCUCCUCCACGACUACCCUGCGUACAUCGCCUUCCGAACUGCCCUGCGUACGGGGAACUUCAGGCUGAGGCUUGAAGGCCUUCGCCGUAUCGCCCCCAUUUUUUUCAUCACCGGUAAAGACAAGUACCAGUUCCUCGUGGUAGAUCAUCUGAUGGAGGUGUCGCGUUAUUCGCGCAAUGAUAUGAGGGUCGAGGUGUCCGAUCGUCUCUACAAUACGUUGACGAAAAGGAUCCUUUCGAGCAUGAUAGAAAAGCUGGCACCGAUUGCCCAGCUACGUGAAGUCGCCGUCUUCGACUUCGAAUCUCAUUUAAUCGAGAAACCACGCACGGAAAGGGACCGUUGCAGAGAGUUGGCUGUGAAGCGUGCGCCAGCAGUCAGGGCGGCGAUGGACUGCUUGAGAGAGAGCCCGGCAUUUAAAGGCGACGAUGGCAAAGACAAGGUUGUGGCGUUGGACGGGAGAGUGUUUCCGCCGGUCAAGUGGCAAGAGAUUCUCGACGCGGCCGCCAAGGCUCGUGCGAAAAUGCGCGAGUGUGUCCUUCUCACUCGGCCCUGGGAAGCCGAGCGGCAGGAGGUGUCCGAUCGUCUCUACAAUACGUUGACGAAAAGGAUCCUUUCGAGCAUGAUAGAAAAGCUGGCACCGAUUGCCCAGCUACGUGAAGUCGCCGUCUUCGACUUCGAAUCUCAUUUAAUCGAGAAACCACGCACGGAAAGGGACCGUUGCAGAGAGUUGGCUGUGAAGCGUGCGCCAGCAGUCAGGGCGGCGAUGGACUGCUUGAGAGAGAGCCCGGCAUUUAAAGGCGACGAUGGCAAAGACAAGGUUGUGGCGUUGGACGGGAGAGUGUUUCCGCCGGUCAAGUGGCAAGAGAUUCUCGACGCGGCCGCCAAGGCUCGUGCGAAAAUGCGCGAGUGUGUCCUCACCAACAAGGCCACGAAGAGUCAAGGGAGGUCGUCUGCUAUGAAGGAUUCCGUCGGCAAUGCCUACGCUGGGAGCCAAGAGUGGAAGGCCCUCACGCUGAACAUGACAGAUGCGGCCAGAAGGUGGGGGUGUGGAGCCAAGCACGCCAACAAGGCUUCAGGUCCAGGGAAAUGGGUCAGAGAGCAUUGUGCCGAUGGAUUCGCAGACGACCCGUUUUACGAAGCCGACGCUCAUGGCGUAGAUCUCCCCGUGUCAAUCCACCAAGGGGUGCACCCGGAAUAUCUCAAGAAGGGAACUGCGGGGAUUAUCGACUACUUCAAGAAGCAGCUGUUGUCGAAGUGGCUGCAGUCGACGGAGCUACUCGUGGUGUGCUACGACCGACAGGAUCUGGUGCCCGUGAUCAAGGACACGAGCAGCUCGGGAGAACCGAGAAACUUGUACGGGCCAUGGCUUCGAGCCGAUGGUAAGGCGGCGCGGGACGAAAUCGCCGCCCACCUCGCCACGCGCGUGCUAGCUGAUGAUGUCUGGACCGGCGACACCAAGCCGAACGGAAUCGUCGCAUUCUACGGCGUCGGAGGUGAGCCUAAUCUGAGUGUUGAUCAUCCACCUGGUGUAGAUGCCGAGGGCAUAGGUCUCGAGGUGGGGAGGGAAGGUGCCGGGCAGGCGCUUUCCGAAACCGAACCACUCCUUCACUUUCGAGACGGAACCGACACGAUCGAGGGCGUCGAGCGACAGCGUGGGCCAGACAUCGGCGAGGCGAAGCUCUCCGUGAUACACUUCAUCGUUUGGGCGAAGAAGUACUGGGGGGAAAUCUUCGACGAGUGGGUCGUUUCAUCGGAAGACACGGACCUAUGGAUGAUCAUUCUACUGGCGAUGACCACUGGUUGGCUCACGCCCCGUGGCGAGAGGGCGGUUGAUGUGACCGUCCUGAGGGUCGUGGGUGGCGAGACCAAGUUCCUGUGGAUGAACAGAGUGUUCGCCAGCAUCUGCGAACUCCAGGACGGAAGCAAGUCCGCGUGGCCGCCGUUGACCUUCGGGAGCUGGAUUCCCACGGACGACGACAAGGUCCGACGGCACGUGGGUCGUGGAUGUCGACGAAUCCGCUACGCCAUCCUCCAACCACCCAAGAAGAAGACGACCGCCACCUGUCCGUCAUACUUUUCCUUGCGCAAGCAGGCCGAACGGAGUAAUGCCAUCUUCCGGUACUGGCAGAAUGGCCUGAGAGAGGCCAUGCCGGCGACAGAGUUUGCCGGCAAAGGAUGGAGCGUCGACCCACAAGGGAAGAGAAACGACGGCGUCGAACUCACAGUCAAGAACUGCGUGCUUGACCUAUCCGAGUUUUCUUACAUCGGCCCAGACCGAAAGACAAUCACGCUAGCGUGUGGUUGCAAUCCCGAGACGACCCUGUGCAACAGGUGCAGGUGGAAGGACAGGAAGUGCUCGCUCGCUUGCGGCUGCAGAGGUCGUUGCACCCUAACUGGGUCGAUCGAGGGUGCCGCCCGACCCCAACCACCCAUCGAGACUCGACCAUGGCUAUCCGAGAGUGUUGCCAACGCCAUGGCACUCUUUAUGGCCUCUAUGAAGCAGCAGGAAUCGCACGAAGCGGAACAGCACGGCGUGGAUGCGGGGACCCCUGAGUCACCUACGAGCAACGACAUUUCCUCCGGCGAGGCCGCGGAAUCGAAGAACGCAGAAGAACUGGAGGACCCCGAGACGGACGAGAACGGCGACGGUUCGGUCGGUGCGCUCGACGAUUUGAUCAAGUUGGAUUCGGACGAAUCUGGGUCCAGCGAUGGGGAAUCUGACAGGUUGAGCGGGAAGAGCGACGACCUUGGCUGGAGUGACGGAGACACAGAUGAUGGUGUUGCAGAUCUCGUCACCGACGCCUGGAACUGAGAUCUGGCAACUUCUUCAGGUAGGUGCAUGUAACGUUCCUUGAGAGACCUGGGUUGGGAUUGGGGGUGUCGUGCCGGGCAUUCUUGCACGUCAAAUCUCCACAUCGUAGGGAAAGAUCUCUGUGGUAUGAUUUAUUCUUACUCCAUAUUUCUAUGCCGCAUUUUGCGCGUCCUUGUUGGUGGUUAAAUAGGCGCGUGCUUCACUUCCGUUGGAUGCAGCCAUCCGUCAAAUACGACGACCCUGGGAUGCAAGAUAUCAGGCGGUCUAACAGAAGCCUGACGCUGACCAGCCGGCUAGAGCGCGCGUUUUCUCCCCUGUAUUUUCCUACCCAGUUGCGCAGGGAAGUGGACGGGGGAGAUUCUUUUCCCUUCGGCCGCGCUGGGUGUCCGCUGUUUUUUGGCAUGGUACUUUGUUAGUCGUAAACUGCCUCAAAGGUUUGGGUAACCCGGGGGGGGCGGUUUUGUGCGAGGUGUUCGUGUGCACAAGUGUGUGCGGCGCAACACAGCAGCAGCAGGGGAGGGGGCACCCCAACAGCAAUUUUAGUUCAAAUCUAGCUGACGACAUUCAAGAGUACUCCACCUGUAGUACGUCUUGCAGCACAAUGCCAAGUGCUGUACAAGCACAAGACCAGCAGCUAAUGUUUCCAAUACUCAGUGUUGCCGGCGGCGUGGCAGAAGAUAGUCUAAGUGUUAAGGAGGACCCGAUUCGCCGGGUAUCCUUCGAUUGACUUUUAUCUGAAUCGGUACACCUUCGCACAUGGGUCAGCUGGAUACUAGUUCGAAUCUCCUUGGGUGCACACUUUUUCUCCUGACUUGGAUAUUUUCCCAAGGACACAAUGUGUGUCAGUCCCGAGAACACCUCUUGGAGUCGAUCCUACAAAGAACCUAGAACCUUGUGACACUUCCAUCGAAUUACCCAUCCUGGCCACACGAGGUUCCCAGUUGAGGGUAAAUUCUGU